AUGUUGCUCCAUCCAACCAUAUUCCUGAUUGGCUGCUCAUUGGCAUCAUUCAUUUCUCCCCAAUAUGUAAAUUCCUAUGGAUAUGGAUAUGCCGUUAAUGAUCUAGAUGGCUCUGGAAAUGGAAAUAAUAACCAAAAUUCAAAUUCUGUGAAUUCGAAUUCUGUGAAUUUAAACUCUGGAAAUUCGAACUCUGGAAAUCCAGAUCCAGCCCCCAAAGGCGGAAAUUCUAGAAUUUCUGGAUAUGUCACUGGAAAUAAUGGACAAACUGGUGGACAAAUUUUGAGAUUGGGACCAAAUGGCAAAUUGUUGAUUACGAAUUGCAACGUUUGCCGGCUGUGUUGUAUUGGAAAAAAUGUCACUUAUGAAAUUGAGAAUCUUACUGAUAGAAGAGAUAACAAUGUUAAUGGCGGGUCUACUACACCAAACCAACCAGAACAAUACGCCACCGCUCCACCACCAACAACUGUCCCACCUCCGCCCCCAUGUGUCCCAACAACUACUACAGAGACACCAACUACAACAACUACAUCCACUACUACUCCUAGACCGCCAUGCAUCUACACUGCUCCACCAACCCAACCAACCCAACCAACCCUACCAACAACCCGUAAGUCUGUCCCUUUAAUUUUCUUUUUUCAAAUUUCCCCAAAAUUUCCGUUUUCUCCUCAGUUCUCUAUGUUUUUUCCAUCUCUAAUUUGCUCCUCAGUUCCUCCUCCUCCUGCCACCUAUCCAACAAUUCCAACCAAUGGAUAUGCCACGUCACCAACACCAUCUGGAUACCCAACUGCUCCUCCUCCAACUCAAACUACAGUAAUCCCAGGGUACCCUGUUCCAGAAUGGCCAACAACUGCUCAACCAAUUACAACCACUACUCCACAAGGCGGGGAAGUACCACCAGGACCCAAUGGGAAGUGCUGCUACAUCGACUUGCGUACCAUCCAAGCAAUUGUUUCUUGUGGAGCAUUUGGAGGAUCUCAGAAAGGGUGCUGCUCCAAAUCCUGCUCUUCAUCUUCCCAAUCGAAUUCCCAAAUUCAACGACAAAUUCAAAUCAAUUUCCAACUUCUGUCCCGUUAUUUCGGUCAAAUCCCAACACGAAUUUCCUGCACCGACGCCGUCAGAUUCGGAAUCGUUGAAUCCAGAGAAAUUGAUGGUGUUUGUCCUCCACAGUACUCUCCAUUCCCAACUGUAGAACUGCCAACGGUCCGCCCGGAUGGUGAGCAACCAACUACAGUAACCCCUCCUGGGCAAGUUGUUAUUCCAACUAAUGGACCAUCUGAUGCCUACGUGAAACCACCAACAAGCUCUGUGGCUGCUGCUUCGCUGCUGACUGUAGUUUUGGCUACUGUACUUUGUCUUUGA